AUGGAUGAUUCAUUCUAUUUUUCACUUUUAAGAAUAUCAAUAGCUCAAAUACUAAAAGCAAAUGGUUUUGAUAAAUGUAAACCAAGUAUAGUAAACAUAUUAACAGAUAUAUAUCUAAAUUUUUUUAAUUCAUUAGCUGCAGAAGCUGUGAAAUGUUCAAAUUUAAGAAAUCAAUCAAAUGAUAUGGAAAUACAAGACGUCACUCAAACUCUAAUAAACAUUGGGUUUCUCAAGGUUAAUAACAUUACAUCUAUAUAUGAUAUGAAUUUUAAUGAAUCAAAAUAUAAUACAAAGGGAGUAGAAUCUUUUAAAAAUUGGGUGACGAAAAGUGAUACAUUCAAGACUGAAAAAAUGCUAAAUCAAGUUCCCGAAUCAUUAAUUAAGAGUUUGAUAGAGAAGAGGAAAUUAACACCCAUGGAGUCAUCAGAGGAGAUUUUAAUGAAGAAGAGACAAAAACAUAAAGAACGUCAAGAAUAUUAUAAUUCACUCAAGUUGAAUAAUGUAGACACUCAGAAAUUUCUCCAACAAGAAGAGGAAGAUGAGGAUGAAAUCACAUUCCAGGAUAAAUUGAAUUGGUUUAAUUAUUUAAUUGAAAAGGAUUUGAAAUUGGGUCAUGAUUUGAAAUAUUUGAAUACUGAUGAAAGUAUAGUGAAUGAGUUUAUGAAGUUUCAAAAUAAUGAUAAGCUUCAUCCAAUUGAUGAAAAUAAAAAGAAUAAUGAAAAUCAUAGAAAGGGUCUAUCUAGGAUAAAUUAUCAUUUACAAAAUUUGAAUAAAAAUGAUUAUAUAAUUGUAGAUAUAAAGGAUGAAAUAAAAUUAAAAGGUGAUGAGAAGGAAAAAGAUAAAGAUAAAGAUAAGCAUCAUGAAGAGGAGGAAAAUGAACGUAUAAUCAAACCGCCAGAUGAGUUAAUGGACGCAUUACCUUAUAAUGUCAAAUAUAAUGAUCUAUUAACUGAUGAUUUGAUAGAAGAAGUCGAAGAGAUGCUAGAAGAAGGCGAUAGCUAUAUGCUAGAAGAUAAUGAGCAUAACAAUGAUAAGCUAGAUGAUCAUCAUAAUAAUAUAAUACAAGAAGAUGAUCAUCAUAAUAAUAUAAUACAAGAAGAUGAUGGAUUAUUAAAACAAGAAGAAGAUGAUAAUGAUAUGCAAGAUGGAGAUAAUCAUGAGGAUGUAAAUGACGAUGGAAUAGGAGGUGACAAUAAUCUAAUAUUCAUGUAG